UUUGUUGUUUUGCCGAUUUGAGUGUCAAUCAUAAUUGCAUUUUGUUUUGUUUUGUUUUUUUUGGAUAAUUUUAAAAUCAUUUUUUGCCAUCAUUCAGCGUAGUGUGAUUCUUUUUAUUGAAUUUUCGACAUAAUUGACAUUUUUGAAUACGACAUAAAUAACAGAGAAUUUAACAAGAAAACCCAAAUAAUGGAAUCGAAUGAAAUAUUGAUUGACAAAUCGACAACAUCAAACAAUAAUGUUAAUGAUAAUGGUGACAAUUGUUCGAUGACAAUAACAACACCUAUCAUAUUGCCAAUUAUUGAUCCAACAAAUUAUAAAUCUUCGGAAACCUAUUUAGAUGAUCGUUUAGAAUUUCAACAAUAUUGGGAAGAAAAUCAAAAUUCAUCAAUAGCCAUAUUGGAAUAUUUGGAAAAAUUUUCCAAAACAAAUUUAAAUAAAUUUAUACAUUCAAUAUUGUAUAUUAUUGAAUGGUCAUGUAUGCAUCAGAAACAAAAUUUACCAUUAUAUUUGGCAAAUAUUGAUGAUUAUCAAAAAAAUAGAUUAAAAUUACCAAAUUUUAAUGAUGAUAGUGAUAAUGAAAAAAUAUUUACAGAAAUAUAUUGUAAACAUUUUCAACAAUUAUUAUAUGAAUUUUUUGAUGUUUAUUUUCGUUAUCAUCGUUAUAUGACAUCAAUAAAUGAUUUAUUAUCAAUAUUUCCACAAUUAAAAUGGCUAAUGUUACAACAAUCAAAUAAUGUUGGUCAUUAUCUUUGUCAAUUAAUGGCACGUACACAACAAUCCGAUACAAUUGGUUUCAUAUUCGAUAUGAUAUUUCAAGAUUUAGAUUUUUCUCACAAUAAUAAUGAUGAUGAUAAAUCUAUUCAACUUGAUGCUUUGAUUAUUGUUUUUAUUAAGUGUGAUGGUUCAUUUCGUAUUAUUGAAAAACAAUUUCAUCGUUAUGAUAAGAAAAUUUUUGAAAAAUUUUUACAAUUAUUAGAUGAAUGUCUUUUAAAUAAUAGAAAAUUAUAUAAUUAUUAUCAACAUUAUCAAUUGGAAGAUUAUCCAAUACGUACACAGAAAAUGAUUAAACGUUUACUAAAUCGUAUACAUUAUAAUCUGGAUGAUUCAAAUGCAUUUCAAUGUACACCACGUCAUAUUGAAACAUCAAAUUGGGAAACACUUGCAUAUUUGAUUAAAUCAAGAUUUAGGAUGAAAAACAUUAGUAAUGAAGCAUUCUAUGAGCUAAGUAAAAAACUUAUCGAUGAUUCACCUGAAAUUGAAUAUAAAUUUCAAUCAUGUCUGAAAAAAUUGGGUCCAAUUGAAUUACAAAAAUAUUGGGAUUAUUUACGUGAUAAUGAUCUAACGCAACGUAGCUGUCCAUCAUUUAUUUGUGAUAGAAAUUUUUUAAUCGAUUCAAUUCGUUUAACAACAAAUCAACCAUGUAGUCAACGUUCUUGUUUUCAAAAUAAUCAUCAUAAUGAUUGUUCAAUGAUACGACAACAACAGCAACAACAACAAUAUUAUAAAGGAAAACCGAAUGAAAAUUUUUCAAUACAUUUUAUUAGUGAUGAACAAAGUUUAUAUAAUAUGUUAUAUGUUCAUCUACCGCAUGAAAAUAUAAUGGCUAUCGAUGCUGAAUGGUUACCAAUAUUUUCCUAUCGUCGACAUAAAAUAUCAAUCAUACAGAUUGCAUUACGUAAAAUUUGUUUUAUAAUUGAUUUGGUUGAUUUUACUACGAAAAAAUCGGAUGAAUUUCGUCGUCUUUGGCUGCAAGAAUUUUGUGGCAAAUAUCUUUCAAAUGCGGAAUAUAUGAAAAUUGGUUAUGGUAUUACACAGGAUUUAGAUAUUCUUGGUUAUAGUACUGGGCAGAUGACAAAUUUAAAUCUAAAUGGUAAUUGUGAUUUAGCACGUUCAUCACGACAUUUAGUACAAUUUUUAUCCGAUCAAUCUGUUCGUCAUUAUAAUAAAAUAGCAGCACAAAUUAAACGUUCGAAAACUGUAUUAGAAUCAUCAUCAAGAUCAAAUAAUGGUGGUAAUAAUUCAAAUCAAUUUCAAGGUCUUUCAAUGUUAACCUAUGUAAUGUUUGGAUAUUCAUUGGAUAAACUGGAACGACAAUCGGAUUGGAAUCGUCGUCCAUUACGUCAUUCACAAUUAUUAUAUGCAUCAUUAGAUGCAUAUUGUUUAAUUGAUAUUUAUGAUAAAAUUCAUUUUAUUGGACAACAAUUUCAUUUUGAAAAUGUUAAAGAAUUUCUACAAUAUGUUAUGGCUAAUACGAUUGUUGAAAAUAAUUGAAUUUGAUUGAAUGAUUUUUGCAUGUUUUUUUUGGUAUUUGCUGUGAAAAAAAAA